AUGGUUGAUGUUAUAGGUUCUGGAGCUUAUUCAUCUGUGUACAAAGUGCAGAGGAAAUCGGAUGGGAAGGUUUAUGCUUUAAAGAAAGUGAAAUUGAUGGACAUUGGGGACAGAGAGAAACAGAAUGCAUUGAAUGAGGUUCGGUUUAUUGCAUCAAUUCAUCAUGAGAAUGUAGUUUCAUACAAGGAAUGCUUUAUUGAGGAUAAUAAUUUAUGUAUAAUAAUGGAGUAUGCUGAAGGAGGGGAUUUGCUAUAGAAGAUCUAAAGAUAGAUUAAGAAACAGUAGAUGAUUCCAGAGUAAGAGAUAUGGCAAGUUGCAAUAUAGGUGUUGUAAGGUUUGCGAGCAUUGCAUCAUAAAAAAAUAUUGCACCGAGAUUUGAAGUGUGCUAAUAUCUUCUUGUAUGAGAAUGAUUAAGUGAAACUUGGAGACUUUAAUGUAUCUAAGUUGGCCAAGAACGGACUUGUGUAUACCCAAACUGGUACUCCUUAUUACGCAAGUCCUGAGGUUUGGUAAGACAAACCCUACGAUCAUAAGGCAGACAUCUGGUCGUUAGGCUGUGUCAUCUAUGAGACGUGCGCCCUGAAACCACCCUUUAGAGCCAAGGACAUGGACGGAUUGUAUAAGUCCGUUCUCAGAGGACAAUAUUAGCCAAUCCCCAUUAUCUACUCUUAGGAAUUAGUAUAAUUGAUCAAGAGUAUGAUGUAAGUGCAUCCUGCUAAUCGUCUUGAUUGUGAUAAGCUGCUCCAACUCUCAAUCCUUCAGAAGAAAGCUAAGGAAUUUGGGAUUCGUUUGAUUACGGAUGAGAUCGAGGAUGACUUGUUGAAAACCAUCAAAUGGCCUAUUACUAGAAAGGGUUUGUUAGUAAACAAAUCAGAACUCAUCAAUUUAAAUUGCCAAUUGCCUGGGAGCAAUUAUUUAAAUUAGCAUAAUUCCAAUCAUAUUAGGAGGAAUCAGCAAUCUAAUAGGAUAAGAUCUUAAGAUACAAAUGAUUCCAUCGCUUUAAACUAAUCCAAUGAAGCUCUGCAUUAAUUGAUGAAACAAAUCACUCAUUUAGAUCAAAGAGAUAUUGAGAAGAAUUCGAAUCUGAAUUAAAAUUUAAAUAAAUCCAUAUCAAAAUAGACAAUCUAAGAAAAUGUCUUACCGAAUAACCGAAGAUUGCGCGUUUCCAAUUCUACUCACGAAAAACAUGAGAGAUAUGAACCCAUUUAACAACCUAAAUGUGCUUCUAAGGAUAGACUUGACCAUCAAAUUUAAAUCAAUUAAUAUUAUUAUGGCAAAGACGUGAUCCAAUCACUUAAUAAAUAGCACUAUUCUUAAAAAUUACCGAUUAUAAAUGGCAGUCAAAAACAGGAUGAUGAAGGUGUUCUAAGGAAGAACUCUUCAAAUGAAAGAAAUUCGAGUAGUUAUCUGAAAAGAUCCAAGCACGAAUCUUAAAAGAAAGAGGCUUCUAUGCAGUCCAGUGUUGAGAGACCUACAGUCUUGAUGAAAAUCAUUGAGGAACAUCAAUAAUUGCCUAAAAUAAAAAAGAAAUACUGA